UUGACAGUUCUGCUUAUGCCAUUCACCGCCAGAGUAAGAUAGCAAGGUUUCUGCUACCUUGUCAAAUUCUUUUCCUUUCUACUGUCAACAACGACAAGAUGAAGAUCGGUCUGUGUUCAUUCAGUGGUUACAAAAUCUACCCCGGUCAUGGCAAGACCAUGGUCAAAAUCGACGGAAAGACUUUCACUUUCCUCGAUAAAAAAUGCGAACGUUCAUUCUUGAUGAAGCGCAAUCCGCGUAAAGUUACAUGGACCGUAUUGUACCGCCGCAAGCACCGUAAAGGUGUUGAGGAGGAAGCUCAAAAGAAGCGUACUCGUAGAACACAAAAAUUCACCCGUGCUAUUGUCGGUGCAUCCUUAGCCGAAAUUAUGGCUAAGCGUAAUAUGAAACCAGAAGUGCGCAAGGCUCAACGCGAUCAAGCUAUCAAAAUAGCUAAGGAACAAAAGCGCGCCGCUAAAGCUGCGAAGAAAGCCACACAACCCCCAACAGUGAAACAGAAGGCACCACCAAAACAAAAGGCCGCCAAAGUGACGCAAAAAUCAGCGCCACGCGUUGGAGGUAAACGUUAAGUUGGUUAGUAUUUAAACGAGCAACAAUAGGAUGAACUACAAUUAAAAAA